UUUGGCUAUUAAAUAAAAUAAAAAAAAUCAAAAAUCAAAAAGCGAUAAUAAUGUUAGAAAUAUUUAGGACACCCUAUGCAGACUCCAAACAACUGCCAUUGGCCAGUGGGCCGGGACCUAUCCUGAUUAUCAUUACCGGCUAUCUGUUGGUCGUUUUUAAGGCGGGCCGGAAGUUCAUGGAGCACCGCGAGCCAUAUAAUUUGCGAGGUGUGCUCAAGUGCUACAACAUGUUUCAGAUAUGCUACAAUAUGAUGAUGCUAUUGCCCGGUUACUACUUUCUCUUCGUGUUUAAGCCAUACAACAUGCGCUGCAUGACUGUCCUGCCGCAGGAUCAUCCGUUGAAGGAUUGGGAACGCAGCAUCAGCUACGCGUACUACAUAAACAAGAUCGUGGACCUGCUGGACUCCGUCUUCUGUGUGCUGCGCAAGAAGUACGCUCAAAUUACUUUCCUGCACGUAUUUCACCACGUCUUGAUGCCCACUGCGGGAUACCUGAUAAUCCGCUUCCAGGGGUACGGAGGUCAUCUCUUUUUCCUGUGCUCCUUCAAUGUCAUCGUGCACGUGUUCAUGUAUGGCUACUACUACUCGGCGAUCGAGAGCAAGACGGUGUGUUGGAAGCGGUACAUGACCCUCCUGCAAAUGAUGCAGUUCGUCCUUAUGUUUGGCCACUGUGCCUUCACCGCCAUGCAGCGCGAGUGCAAGGCCUCGCAGGGCACCCUCUACCUGGUCAGCUGCUCCGCCGCGGUCAUGUUCAUGAUGUUUGCCAACUUUUACGCUCAGUGCUAUAUGAGACCGAAGGACAAGGAGAAUUAAUUGCAUGAUUG